AUGGCAAUGUCUUUUUCCUAUUCCCCGGCGGACAUCUUCUGGCCGUGCGUCAAGCUCGGUGUCUUUCUAGCGCUAGUAUAUAUCACUUCGCUCAUUGUGUACAAUCGCUACUUCCACCCUCUGAGACACUUCCCAGGCCCCGCUUGGGCCGCCAUUAGCCCACUCUGGUAUUUCAAGAGGAUCCGCUCCGGCAAUCCCCAGGACGUCCAGCACUCCCUGCACGAACGGUUUGGCGAUAUCGCCCGCAUUGGCCCGAAUAUCCUCGCCGUGCGUCACCCGGACGCUAUCGAGACGGUUUUUGGUACAAAGAACGGAAAGGCCUGGCGCAAGGCCGCAUUUUACGAUAGCUUUGAUCCCCAUAUCCCCAAUGCGCGGACAGACAGCUUUUCUGAGCGCGACGAUGCCAAAAAUGCUGAGAGACGGCGGCUUGUCGGCGGCCUGUAUGCGCAAGACAAUGUGCUGAGGUACGAGCCAUGUGUAGAUCGCCUGAUCCAUCUGUUCCAGCAGCGCAUGCAGGAGCAUAGUGAGUCAGGGAAAGUCUUUGACAUGAGCGUCUGGCUGGAGCGAUACACAUUUGAUGUGGUUGGGGAGAUUUUCCACGGCCGGAGGGAGGGUUUCGGCAUGCUCCGGGACGGAGCCGACUACAAUGGGUGGUGUUAUCUGAUGGGAGUUAUGCCAGACAUUGGCGCUGCAACUACAUAUCUCCCUUGGGGGUUUCGAAGUCUCUACCUGCUCUCUCAACUUGUAUUUCAAAGCUCCCGUGAUGGAGUGAGGGGGAUGCUCGACGUCACCAAACAGGCCGAAAGGGCAACCCUUGAACGAUGGGAGGAGAUGAAGAAAGGGAAGGUUCUUUCCGAAAGUGAUAUCUUGACUGGCCUUCUGGAUAUGGUCCAAGAAAGGGGAAAGAAUGACAGUGUCAUGGCCUCAUGGACGGUGGCUGACGUUGUGACCGAGGUUUGGGCUGUGAUCUGGGCUGGGAGCGACACCACUGCCACCGCGCUGACCAGCAUAUUUUACCACCUGCACCGGAAUCCGUGCAAGCUGGCAGGGCUGAGAGAGGAAAUUGAUGCCGCAUUCGAAGACGGCCGACUACGGUUCCCGAUCCGCUUCAACGAUGCAAGAAAACUCCCAUAUCUUCAUGCAGUCAUCCUGGAAAGCAUGAGGGUGCAUCCUUCUCUGGGAAUCGGACUCCCACUUGAAUCACCAGCGGAUGGUGCGAAUAUUGGAGGAACCUACAUUCCUGGUGGUGUUGAGGUCAUCGUCAAUCCCGCGGCUGUUCAUUUCGAUGAACGCUCUUUUGGAGCCGAUGCGAAAGAGUGGAUUCCAGAACGGUGGCUGGUAGACGCGGAGGCCACGAGGCGGAUGGAGCGGUCGAUGCUGCAAUUUGGGUACGGACCGCGCAUGUGCAUUGGCAGGCAUAUUAGCAAUAUCGAGAUGUAUAAACUGCUUCCCGCCCUCAUUCGUAAUUUUGAAUUUGAGAUGUUGGUUGACAGUUGGGAGGUGAAAGGAUCAUGGUUCCACCGCGCUCACAAUGUCAGCGCAGAUCCUCCACCCCUGGAUAAACAAAGUUUUUCUGAGAAUGGAGGAAAUCUACGUUCCUGA